GUUUGUGGGCAACAUUGCUGCAGGACUUACUAAAAUGGUGUUUUUUCAGUUACUUUUGAGUUUUGGAGCAAAAGUGUUUUUAAUCCUAAUCUGUCUUCUUUUUAUUGCAUUUCUCGGUUUCUGCUUGUAUAUUAAAUACAUCCACAUGAAAUAUGACCACAUACCUGGAGCACCAAGAGACAGUUUCUUUUUGGGACAUACACCAACAAUUUUACGGAUUAUGAAAAAUGAUGGAAAUAUACAUGACAAGUUACUUGAAUGGGCUGAGACUUACGGGUCUGUUUACAGGGUAAAUUCUCUGCAUCAUGUUUUUUUGAUUGUGACUUGUCCAGAGGCAACAAAGGAAAUCCUCAUGAACCAAAAGUACCUCAAGGACAAGUCUGCUUACAAGAGGAUGCGUUACCUGUUUGGUCAAAGAUUUAUGGGCAAUGGUCUGGUGACAGCACAAGAUCAUGAGGUGUGGUACAAACAACGCCGGAUCAUGGACUCUGCCUUUAACAGCUUGUAUUUGAAAGGUCUGCUAGGCACCUUCAAUGAUAGGGUAGAUCAACAGAUGGAUAAACUUGCAGCUGACGCUGAUAAUGAUAUGGAAGUCAACAUGCUGCACUAUUUCAACUCUGUCACACUUGAUGUGAUUGCAAAGGUUGCUUUUGAUAUGGAUUUAGACCUUCUGAAGACAGAUUCACCUUUCUCUAAAGCAAUUGAUACUUGUCUUAAAGGGCUGGUGUACAGCAUUAGAGACUUUUUCUUCAAGUUCAAUCCAAAGAACAGAGGGUUCAUAAGGGAAGUGAGGGAAGCAUGCCAUCUGCUGCGAACAACAGGAACUCAUUGGAUCCACAAGAGAAAGACCGCCAUGCAGAACGGAGAAGAUGUCCCAAAGGACAUCCUCACACAGAUCAUCAAAACUGCUGCCACAGAAGAAAGCAUGACUGCAGAAGAUGAGGAAUUUAUGCUGGAUAAUUUUGUGACAUUCUUCAUUGCUGGUCAAGAAACAACAGCUAAUCAGCUAGCUUUCUGCGUCAUGGAACUUGGACGACAGCCUGAAAUUCUGGAGAAAGUGAGGAAAGAAGUGGAUGAUGUAAUUGGAAUGAAACAAAACGUUAGCUAUGAUGACCUCGGGAAACUAACCUACCUCUCACAGGUGCUAAAAGAGACACUGAGACUCUACUCAACUGCUCCAGGAACAUCUCGUCAGAUCGACAAAGACAUGGUGAUUGAUGGUGUCCAUAUCCCUGGGGGAAUUGGAUGUAUGUUUGACUCCUAUGUAACUGGGAGAAUGGAGAAAUUCUUCAAAGACCCACUGAAAUUUGAUCCAGACCGAUUUCACCCAGACGCUCCCAAGACUUAUUACAGCUAUUUCCCAUUUUCUCUUGGUCCACGCUCAUGCCUGGGAAAGAACUUUGCUGAGAUGGAAGCUAAAGUUGUGAUGGCAAAGCUGCUUCAGAGGUUUGAGUUUACCCUCGUUCCUGGACAGACCUUUGACAUCAAGGAAACUGGUUCUCUGAGACCCAAGAGUGGAGUGGUUUGCACCAUUAAACACAGGAAGUAAAAAGAAAGAAGGGGUGUUAAAACUAUAAGUGAAGUCUCGCGUGUGUAUUCCUGCUUCAGCCAGAAUCUACUUAAACAUACUUUGAUUUUUUUUUAAAUUCAUUUACUGAUUAUUUUUGUAAACUUACAUGAUAAAUGUAUUCAGGGCAUUGUUAUGGUCCUGAAAAG